AAUGUAUAUUUAUGAGACCAAUAGUUUUUUUUUGAAACUUAUGAGACCAAUAGUUAGUCUAACAGUAUAUGCAUAAACAAUUGGCCCCAGCUUAGAAAAAGAAGACCACCCCUCACAGGAGAAGUUUCAAAGGAAAAAUAUUCGCCUCCUUUCACUUGGCUUCACUUGGCUUGCUUAUAAUAAACCGGCAGCCCUUUUUCUUUUCUUCCAAAGCGCUCGUGAGCCACCAAACCAUUCCUAUGCUCGCUCCUCCCCGCGCACUCUGCUCAUCACGCCGGGAGACGAUGGACGCGACCACGGCCACCGCCAAGCGCAAGCGCCCCGACACCGACAUCACCGGCGAUGCCGCAGCGGCCGCCGCCGCCCCCGUCGCCGUCGACGAGGCCUCCGACGCCGAGGUCGAGGAGUUCUACGCCAUCCUCCGACGCAUACGCGACGCCUCCCGCCGGCUGUGCGGCGCCGGCGCCCGGCCUGCUGCCCCGCGCGCGCCGGCGUGGCGGCCCAGCUUCUCCUGGGAGGACUUCGCCGCCCCGCCGGCCCCUCCCGUGCCCGCGCAGGCGCCGCGGCCCGACGAGCCCGUCCUCGUCCCCGUCCCCGCCGCCGCUGCUGCUGCUGCCCCGUCGCCGCGUGCCGGCCUCGACCUGAACGCGGAGCCGGAGCCGGAGGCACCGUCGGCGCCGGCCACCCCGCGCGUCCCGGCGUAGCGAACGCCGCUUCAUCGCCUGCUCUGCACCGCGCCAAGGAGGGCCGCUGGGGUGCGCGCGCCAUCACGUGCGUCAGCUUCAAUUCGCUGUUGGGUGGUGGUGGCCGGCCCGGUGAAAAGAGCGAGGUGAUGUCAGCCGAGACCACCCGACGGUGGUCGGCGGUCGCCAUCGUCCCCCGGGCGGGGCGGCGCAGUGCGCGCCUUUCCUGUCACUGAAUCAUCACUGAUACGAUACGCGAGAAGCCCGCAUCAUGUAAAUCGUAACUAGUGGCUCACCCUUUGCUGCUCCGUGUGGACAGGUGAGACUGGUUAAUCGCUUCAUUUGUAGGAACGAUUACCUUUUAAUCGCAGCAGUUAAUGUACCGUCCGAACGACGUGUUCGAUUAUUCGUUUGCGUUUUACUUUUACAGUAUGUAUCAUUAACCUACGAUUGUUUUUUUUUCCGGUAAUAACCUAUGACUGUUAA